CCUAAAAUUCAAAAAUAGUGGAGGGAAACUCAGUACCUAAAUGCAUCAGCUACAAUUCAACCUCCGGCCAAUUCUUCUCCGGCGAUCUCGAACUCGAAACGUUAAAAUAAUUUAUUGUCAGAAUUUAUCUUAUUCCUCAGCCCCAGAUUCUUAUUCCCACCCCUCAACAUCUUCCUCAUCUUCACCAUGGUUCACUCCCCUUCGAAUCGCAAUCUCGAAAGCCAAUUUACGCCUCGGGACAAAAAUCCAUGCUGCCAUUGUCACUUCCGGUCACAAUGCAGACCGGUUUCUGACCAACAAUUUGAUCACAAUGUACUCAAAAUGCGGGUCGGUUAAGUGUGCCCACAAUGUGUUUGAUAAUGCGCCUGAAAGAGACCUCGUUACGUGGAAUUCGAUACUUGCUGGUUACGCGUUGGGUAGUGGUAUUGAUAAUUGUAAUGUUGAAGAGGGGUUUCGUAUUUUUAGGCUUUUCCUUGGGAGCCCAUUUGGUUUUUCGGGGAGUAGGUACACGUUGGCUCCAGUGUUGAAAUUGGCCUUGAUGUCGGGGUAUGUUUGGGUUUCGGAAAUGGUUCAUGGGUAUUCAGUUAAAGUUGGGUUGGAAUUGGAUUCGUUUGUUUCGGGUGCUCUUGUUAAUAUAUAUUGCAAGUUUGGUCGAGUUAAGGAUGCUCGGGUUUUGUUUAAUAAUAUGUUUGAAAGUGAAAGGGAUUCAGUGUUGUGGAAUGUGAUGCUUAAGGCUUACAUGGAGAUGGGUGUCCAGAAACAAGUUUUGCAUUUUUUUUCGUCAUUUCAUAGGAGUGGUUAUCUGGACGCUGAUAGUGUUAAGUAUUUUCUCAGUGGAUUUUCCACGGUCGAUUUUGAAGAAGAAAAUUUGUUUAUGGACCAGGUUCAAGCCUAUGCUUGUAAACUAUUUAUGUAUGAUCGUGCUGAUGAUGUUGUGUUAUGGAACAAAACCUUGUCUAGGCAUCACCAAGAUGGUGAGAGUUGGGUUACUAUUGCAUGUUUUAUGGAUAUGAUUAAAUCAACAGUACGCUAUGAUAAUGUGACGCUCAUUAUUUUGCUAUCUGCAAUCACUAAUAUUUAUAAUUUAGAGUUGGGGAAACAGAUUCAUGGAAUGGCUCUUAAAUCAGGUUUUGAUAGUGAUGUGUGUGUUGCUAAUAGUCUUAUUAACAUGUAUUCAAAGACAGAUGCGUUAAUUGCUGCAAGAAAAGUGUUCAAUGACAUGGCUGAGUUGGAUUUAGUUUCAUGGAACUCGAUGAUAUCAAGUUGUGUACAAGGUGGUUUGGAGGAGGAAUCAUUGACUUUGUUUUUAGAUCUUCUAUCUGUUGGUUUAUGGCCUGAUCAUUUCACAUUAACCAGUGUUUUAAAGGCAUGUUCUUUGCUUGCAGAAAUGUUUCUCAGUGAGCAAGUUCAUGCAUAUGCACUGAAAACUGGGUUGGUUGCAGAUAAAUUUGUUGUCACAGCUCUUAUUGAUGUUUAUUCUAGAAAUGGAAGAAUGAACGAGGCAGAGUUUUUUCUAAAAGGUCAAGACGAGCUUGAUUUAGCAUCUUGGAAUGCUAUUAUGUCUGGAUAUAUAAAUUGUGAUGAUAGCAGAAAAGCGUUAGAAAUCUUUGCCAAAAUUUACAGAAGUGGGAAGAGGUUAGAUGAGAUCACAUUCAUUACUGUGGCUAAUGCCUGCAGCCGCUUGACUGGGUUAGAACAAGGCAGACAAAUUCAUGCAUGUGUGGUAAAGUUCGGGAUCGAUUUAGAUCUGACGGUCAUAUCAGGAAUCCUUGACAUGUAUGUUAAAUGUGGAGCCAUGGCAGAUGCACACAAUGUUUUCCAAGAGAUUCCUAUACCUGAUCAAGUUGCAUGGACAUCAAUGAUCUCGGGAUGCCUGGAAAAUGGUGACGAGGAUCGUGCCCUUCUAAUUUACUAUCAGAUGAGGAAAUCUGGUAUAGCACCAGAUGAAUACACCUUUGCUACUCUUAUCAAAGCCUGCUCUUGCUUAACUGCAUUAGAACAAGGGCGACAAAUCCAUGCCAACGUGAUCAAGUCGUUUUAUGUUUCAGAUACUUUUGUCUGGACUUCACUGAUUGACAUGUAUGCUAAAUGUGGUAAUAUAGAAGACUCCUAUAAUUUAUUUAAAAGAGUAACUGUGAGGGACAUUGGCCCGUGGAAUGCGAUGAUAGUUGGUUUAGCUCAGCAUGGACAUGGAAAAGAGGCUCUUAAACUCUUUAACAGUUUGAAAUUUGUUGGCAUAAGACCUGACAGUGUCACCCUUCUUGGAGUUCUUUCCGCCUGUGGUCAUUCUGGCCUGACUUCUGAAGCUAAUUCCUAUUUUCAUUCAAUGUAUAAUGAUUAUGGUAUUCAACCUGAGAUUGAGCACUAUUCCUGCCUCGUGGAUGCCCUUGGCCGUGCAGGGCGUGUUAAAGAGGCAGAAGAACUGAUUGAAUCAAUGCCAUACAAAGCUUCUUCUUCAAUGUAUACAGCUCUGCUUGCCGCUUGUAAGAGUCAAGGCAAUAUAGAAACCGGAAAACGGGUAGCUGACCAGCUUUUAGCUUUGGAGCCACCUGAUUCGUCAUCUACUUAUGUUCUUCUAUCAAACAUAUAUGCGACUGCCAACCAAUGGGAUAAAGUAACUGAUGCUCGAAGAAUGAUGAAGGGCAAGAAUGUUAAGAAGGAUCCUGGGUUUAGUUGGAUAGAUAUUAAAAAUAAAGUACAUCUGUUUGUGGUGGAUGAUAAAUCACAUCCUCAUGCUGAUGUGAUAUAUGACAAAGUAGAGGAAAUGAUUAGGAUGAUAAAAAAAGAUGGAUAUGUGCCUGAUAAGGAUUAUGUUUUGCUUGAUGUGGAGGAUGAAGAAAAGGAACGUGCUCUCUAUUACCAUAGUGAGAAGCUAGCUAUAGCUUUCGGGCUGCUAAGCACUCCUCCAUGUACAACAAUCCGAGUAAUCAAGAACCUUAGAGUUUGCGGGGAUUGUCAUAAUGCCAUUAAAUAUAUAUCCAAGGUGUCAAAACGUGAAAUCAUUCUGAGAGAUGCAAAUCGAUUUCAUCGCUUUAGCAACGGGAAUUGUUCUUGUGGAGAUUUCUGGUAACAUCAAAUCAAUUACGAGUUGCCUAAAAUUUUGUCAGAAUAUUGAAUGUAUAAUACAGUUGCGAACAAGGUGGUAUAUAAGCUAUUUAUUGAACUCGGUCGGAUUAUAGCCCAGGUUCUGUAAUAUAUGUUAUGAUGUGCAAACAAAGCUCAUGGUGAAGAACCGAAGACAUCGCAGAAAGUAACCCCUUUAUCUCUCUUGUACUUGUAGAAUUUUGUACACACUCUUGUGUAUGCCAAUGUGACAAUGUCUAUGCAUAUACAAUUGUUUCAUUAAAUAAAUCUGUGAGUCAAUAGUUUUCCUAUUGAUGCACUAAUUAGGCACAAUCUGGGGUACUUCAAAUUCAAAAGCAGCAGCAAAACACAUUCUUUCUGACAAGCUGGCAUUGGGAAGAUGGUGAUUAUCGUCGUGGCGAAGGGCAUUGUUGCAUCUGUCAAACAGUAUUGUGAUGAAGAGAUUCAUUUAUCACGCAUCACCUACAGGGUGGUUUGCAGCAACGUGCUUCCUGCGUAUGGUUUCUACUAUUAGCACAGCUGCUGUAAAGAAGCUUGCUAUGUAUCAGACCAGUUCGACUUCUGAGUGUAUAUAGGUUUUGAAAGCUUCAAGCUGAAGAAUAUAAUGGAGCCUGAAGGAUAUAUAGGUAAACCAUCAAAUCCAAGGAUGUAGGGAACUUUAGAUUACGACUAUGAGUUGAAUCUCAUCGACUAGUUAGAUUUAUGUCUACCUUGACAUGCAGCAUACUUGGAGGAACAUAGCCUUCAUCUCUAAAGAUUAGGAGAUACCAUUAUUUAUUUUGGUAUAGUUGUACUUGAUCGUUUGUUUAAUUAUGAGAAAAAUUGAUUCCUUUU